GUAUUUGCUGUUCCACGGGUUCCUUGCAGUUCCACAGUCCAACUCUCACUUCACUAUCUCAAUUCUCACCUCAAUUAUUUUACCCAAUCUCAAUUUUCAUUCUUUCCCUCUUUCUUUCGUGUCUGUUUCUACCCUUUUUCUUUAAGUUUCCAUCUUUCAUUUCCUGUCGUUUAUUUUCUCUAUUAGCUUUAUCAAUCACUUCCCUUUCUUCACACUCCUCUAUCAACGAGGUUUUGCGGAACAAGUUUUCCGCUUGCUGAUCCCAAAUGGGUAUAAUAAAGAAAGUUAAGAGGCCAUUCUUUUUUGAAGAAUUUGAUGCAUUGGCUCUGGAUCUGUGUUGGGUACUUGCUUCCUUAUUGAGAGUAAAAAAGUAGGAUUUUGUGCUGAGAUAUUAUCUUUUUUUUUUGGGGAAAGAUUAUGUCUAUCAAGUAUUAAUCAGUAAUUAGUUGUAGGAUUGGUCUAAUUGAAAGAAAAUUAGUGGGUAUUGGAUUUCAUUCUAAUUUGCUAAUUUAGUGUUGUUGCAAGAACAGUAGUAGAAUUGAUGAUUAAUUAGGGUAUUGAUUUUUUUAACAAUGUGGGUUGAUCAAUGUUCUUAGUAUUAAGAGUUUAGAUGAAGUCCUUGAGUAAGAAAAGGAAGGGUGUUGAAGUGCUAUUGAAUGGUGGAAAGUACUCUUCCUCAAUAGCAAUUUAUAGGUCUCAUGUAUCUUUAGAAGAUUAUUCAAGGCUAAGAAAAAGGGGCAAGGAAGACGUAGCUACUGAUGGUGUUAGGCUGUCUGAAAGUAGAGUGAGUGGUGUUGUCACUGCUCCACCUUGCGGUAGCUUAAAUUCUGGCUCACCGACAAGAGGUUUGAAACGAAAGAUAGGUUGUAUAGAUGCAGCUACAAAAACUGGAAGGAAGAAAAAGAUUGAGCAAGAUUACUAUUUGGGUGCUACGAUUGGGAAAGGGAAAUUCGGGUCUGUGAGAAUGUGCUGGAGCAAAACAAGUCGAGAGGUGUUUGCGUGUAAAACUUUGUCGAAGGGGGAGGAACCUGUGCAUCGAGAGGUGGAGAUUAUGCAACAUCUAUCUGGACAUGUGGGCAUUGUCACACUUAAGGCGGUGUAUGAGGAUGCUGCGUCGUUCUAUCUUGUGAUGGAAUUUUGUCCUGGGGGAAGGUUGCUGGACCAAAUGGCAAGAGAAAGGCGGUAUCCUGAGCGACAAGCUGCUAACAUACUAAGGGAACUUGUUAAGGUUAUCAAAUACUGCCAUGAUAUGGGUGUUGUUCAUCGCGAUAUAAAGCCAGAGAAUAUUCUUCUUACAUCCGCUGGGGGAUUGAAGCUUGCAGACUUUGGCCUCGCGGUUAGGAUUGUAAAUGGUCAGAGCCUGUCUGGUGUGGUUGGAACUCCGGCUUAUGUUGCUCCAGAAGUCUUGGCUGGUGAAUAUUCAGAAAAAGUGGAUAUUUGGAGUGCUGGUGUGCUUCUUCAUGCUCUUUUGCUUGGUGUUUUACCCUUUCAAGGAAGCUCUUUGGAAGCUUGUUUCGAGUCCAUCAAGAGUGUGGAUCUUAAUUUUGAUACUGGUGUAUGGGUAUCAGUUUCACAACCUGCUAAGGAUUUAAUUGCUCGUAUGCUAACAAGAGAUGUUUCAACAAGACUGUCAGCUGAUGAAGUACUAAAACACCCAUGGAUUUUGUUACACACUGAUCCACCAUUUACGACACUGGCCUGUAAGCUAACACCGAGCAGAAAUAGAAGAUUGACUUUUACCCGCGAUGCGACUGUACAAAAAUGGAUUGCAUCAGAGAAUAAACAUGACAAAUUACUCGAUUCUGGCACAGCUGACUCAGACAAUAACUCGUGGACAAGUAGUUCAAGCAAGUUUGAAGAAGACAGUGGAUUAGUGGAUGCUCUUGCAGUUGCAGUUUCAUGCAUGAAUAUCACUGAUACAAAGAGAAUCAGGUUAUGCCACCCACCCACUUCUAUUUCACAUGAUUGUUCCUCUAAUAUAAAGGCUAAUCUCUGUACAGCUUUCUGAUCUUUCUUAAGUGUAACCUAACGUUUGAUUAAGGUAAUAUGACCCCCGUAGAGCUUUAAUAUGAACUUAGGAUAACUAUUAGGACAUAAUCUUUAUUGCUAUUGUACUCGGAAAAUUGGAUGUCGACCAUCUCUAUGUGUUAUGUGAAUAUUUUCGUGAAGUAUUGUAAUUGAUGGGAUGUGAUAUAUAAUAUACUAUUAUUUGCGUUCGCAUCA